AUGGGACGGCAAAGCGGUAGAUAUGAGAUGGCGACGGAAUCGGCUGUGAGGGGACGAGAAGGUGCAAAGUGUCUUCAUAGGGAUGCCAUUUGCAGUUUUGUUAUCUGCAAUGACUCUUCUCUUCAGCGGCAUCAAAUCAUCUUCAACCCAGACUUCUUUGUGGAGAAGCUGCGACAUGAGAAGCCUGAGGCAUUCACCGAGCUUGUGGUUAGCAACAUUACCCGGCUCAUCGACCUGCCCGGAGCAGAGCUAGCCCAGCUGAUGGGAGAGGAAGACCCACAGUUGCCUGGUGGGACAGGCACAUCCUCCGGGUUCUUCCGUUCCCUGAUGUCUCUGAAACGCAAAGAAAAAGGGGUGGUAUUUGGAGCUCCACUGACUGAAGAAGGCAUUGCUCAAAUAUCUCAACUGAUUGAAUAUCUGCAUAAGAAUCUGCGGGUGGAAGGCUUGUUCCGAGUGCCAGGAAACAGCACCAGGCAACAGAACCUCAAAGAAGCCUUGAACAGUGGGGCACAGAUUGACUUGGAUUCAGGAGAGUUUCACUCCAAUGAUGUGGCCACUCUAUUGAAGAUGUUCCUGGGGGAAUUACCAGAGCCUCUGUUGACCCAUAAACAUUUCCGUGCACAUCUCAAGAUUUCAGACCUGAUGCAGUUUGAUGGCAAAGGAAACAAGACCAACACUCCAGAUAAAGAGCGUCAGAUUGAGGCCCUGCAGCUGCUCUUCUUGAUCCUGCCAGCCCCCAACCGCAAUCUGCUGAAGUUGCUCUUGGAUCUGCUCUACCAGACAGCCAAGAAGCAGGACAGAAACAAGAUGUCGGCUCACAACCUUGCUCUUAUGUUUGCACCUCACAUUUUGUGGCCUCGAAAUGUGACUGCCAGAGACCUGCAGGAGAACAUUCCCAAACUGAAUAACGGGAUGGCUUUCAUGAUCAAGCACUCGCAAAAGCUCUUCAAGGCUCCAGCAUACAUCCGGGAAUGUGCCAGACUGCAUUACUUGGACUCCAGAGCCCAUGCUUCAAAGGAUGACCUGGAUUUGCCAGUGCCACGGGAUUUCAAAGACUUCCAGCUUCUAAAAUUCAAGAAGCGAGGACUGGUGGAUCCCUCUGCCCACCAGGAAGACACACAGCAGCAUACAGAGGAAGCGCUGAAAGACCUCUUCCGCCAUGUUCACAAUAUGCCAGACUCUGCCAAGAAAAAGAAGCUCAUUCAGCAGUUUCAGAAGCACCCUGAAGCCCUCACUCCUCAGAGAGGUGCACCCACACCUCAGACUCAGAAACGCGCCCGCACUCAUUCCUUCAGUGGCCUAAUCAAGCGUAAAGUGCUGGGAAGUCAGGUGUCUCUGGAUAAAAAAAGGAAGGAUGUUUUGGAGUCCGCAGACACUAAGGAUUCAAAGCAUGGUAGUAAGGAGAACGUCAGUAUGUUACAGAAACCUGGUUCCUCUCCAACAAUCAAUGUGAUUCGAGCAAAGCUGAAAUCCCUUGAGCACAGGAAAGAGGACUCUUGUAAACAUGCUCGAUUUCGUGGGACCUCAACAGAGGAGUCUUCCAUUUGAACAUCCUCUCGAAGGUAUAGAUGUGCAACAAAGACUUGCAGACCUGUGGAUAAUCCCUGCUACUCCCAAGUUAUGAGCAAAGUGUCAGUGUGAGGACUCCUUGAUCCCUCUAACCUCACUUUCUGGAGCCCAGCCUACAAUUUUGGGUCUGCCAGAAUAACAGACUCUGUCUUCUAUGUGAACAUAUGAAAACCACUAUCUGGCCACCUGUCUAUGAACUCAACAGUAUCUGUGAUGUAGCCUCUCUUUGGAGAGGCUGUUGUUUUGCAUUGCUUGUCUUUCCAGAUAUCCAUCUUUCUAUCUGAGUUUGUAUCUUCCUGCUGGUGCUUUGUUUUCGGAGAGGUGUUUUGUGUACGUGCUUCUUUACCCUGCAGUUCCCAUUAGCAUCCACAUUGGAGUCAGGCUUUCAGACCCUCUUGGCAGCUAAGCUCAUCUCAGUAUCUCUUUGAAUGAAAGUCUCUCUGUUGUGGUUAUUGAUGGGUUUGGAGGAGUAGCUAUAGUCUUAGCUGUCUCUCCCAGAUUGUGGGGAUCUCCCUCGGGCCUGUGACUUGAUUGCACCCGUCGUUGUGUCUGAGCUAUCCUGUCUUGGAUAUGUCAGACCAAGGGCUAAGAGCAUACAUAGUCAAAAAUCACCUCUGCCAUUUGUUCCCCCUUUUCAAAAACAAAGAGCAGGCCUCCUUAAAUUGAACUCUAGCUUGUCCGUUGAAUCACCUGUAAAGCGAUUAUGUCGUUCUCAUCUCAAAAGGCAGGUGAUUCCAUUGCUCGUGUGCUUGCCUUCAGUGCAGUACUCCUAUUCUCCCUUCAGUACUGAUUGUAAAGGGAACUUUUUGACUGGAGCUUUGCCUGA